AUGCACUUCAAGUUCUCUUACUUGUCAAUUGCCGCCCUAGUCGUAGCUGCCCUUGCAGCUCCUGUGGCUGAGGUAAAGCGUGACGUGAACAAUAAAGACAUCCUCAUUGGUUUAAGUCUGGCUGGUAGUGCCAGUGUUACCAAGCGUGAUGCUGCACCUGAGCACUAUACCGUCAAAAUUGGCCCUGAUGGUGCUGUCAGCUUCGGAAAACGUGAUACAGAUGAAGCAGAUCUCAGUAUCAGCAUAAAUUCCCCGGCUGAAGCGAGUGUGUCUAAGCGAGACACAGAUGAAGCAGAUAUCACUAUCAGCAUCAAUGCCCCUGCUGGAGCGAGUGUGUCUAAGCGCGAUACAGAUGGAGAAGAUCUGGAUAUUGGUGUUGAUGCUGGUGGCAGUGUUACUAUUACUACCUAG